GGUGAAGGUUGUAGGGGGUGUGGUGCACCAAAUCUUUAUACUAUAUAUUGGCAAAUAUUCCAAAAUAUCUUCACUGUUUAAGUCAACUUCAUUCAAGUAACUACAAAAUACAAUAAUGUAUAAGCUUUUCGUUACCGUAGCCUUUUUGGCAGCUGCCAACGCAGGCCCAAUUGACCACCAUGGAGCUACCUCUUUUUCCUCAUUCAACAACGACCAUAGCUCAGUACAACAUGUUCCAUCUGCACCUGCUCCAAUCAAAUACGCUGCUCCUUCAUACUACCAAGCUAAAGAAACUAUUCCAGUCUACCACAGUGCUCCAGCUGUACACCAAUACUCUGCUCCAACUUACUCUCACCCUCCAGUUGUAGCUAAACAAGUAUAUGCUGCUCCUGUAGUAGCUAAAUAUGUAGCCGGUCCAGCAUACAAAGAAGAAAACUAUGGUCCAGCUCACUAUGAAUUCGCUUACGCCGUUCAAGACCCUCACACUGGAGACUUCCACUCUCAAGAAGAAAAACGUGAUGGAGAUCAUGUUGUAGGACAAUACUCUCUGCACGAGGCUGAUGGUACCGUCAGAAUUGUCAAAUACUCUGACGAUGGACACGGUUUCAAUGCUGUAGUAGAAAAGCAAGGAGAACCUACUCCAGCUCCAGAAGCUUACAAGAAAGUUGUAGCUGUAGCUGCCCCACAAUACAACCAAUACCACCACUAA